AAACACCGAAUGUAACAAAUUCUCAAAAAGGAGAGAGAGAGAGAGAGAGAGAGAGAGAGAUGGAGAGAGACGAAGUGUUCGAAGACGAGAACGUGAAGAAAGGGACUUUGUCAAUCGAGCAGAUCUUCGAAAGCCAGUCCAUCCCCUCAUGGAGAGAGCAGCUGACCUUGAGGGCGUUCGUUGUCAGCCUCGUCCUGGGGUUUUUCUUCAGCUUUAUUGUGAUGAAGCUGAAUCUAACGACAGGGAUCAUACCAUCUCUGAACGUCGCCGCUGGACUGCUCGGAUUCUUCUUCCUGAAGACGUGGACCAAGCUUCUACAAAAGUCGGGUCUGUUAAAACAGCCGUUUACACGGCAGGAGAAUACCGUUAUACAGACUUGCGUCGUCGCUACCUCUGGUAUUGCUUUUAGCGGUGGCUUUGGGAGUUACAUAUUUGGUAUGAGCGAGACGAUAGCAUCCCAAUCAGGAGAUGGAAAUAAACCUGUGAACAUUAAGAAUCCUUCAUUGGGAUGGAUGAUAGGAUUUCUCUUUGUUGUUAGCUUCCUCGGCCUCUUUUCAGUUCUCCCUUUGAGAAAGAUCAUGAUCAUCGACCACAAGCUGAUCUACCCAAGUGGAACUGCAACUGCUCACCUUAUCAACAGCUUUCACACUCCCCAUGGAGCCAAGUUAGUGAAGAAACAAGUGUCUGCUCUUUUCAAAUGCUUUGUUUCUAGCUUCCUUUGGGCUUUCUUUCAAUGGUUCUAUACUGCUGGUGAUGACUGUGGAUUUGCAGCGUUUCCUACAUUUGGCCUCCAAGCCUAUCAGCGCAAGUUCUUCUUUGAUUUUUCGGCUACUUAUGUUGGUGUUGGGAUGAUUUGCCCAUACAUUGUAAAUCUCUCUUUGCUUGCUGGAGCUAUUCUUUCUUGGGGAAUCAUGUGGCCGAUCAUUGAGGGUAAGAAGGGCGACUGGUACAGUGAAAAGCUCAGCCCAAGCAGUCUUCAUGGUCUACAAGGAUAUAAGGUCUUCAUCGCCAUCGCUAUGAUCUUAGGCGAUGGCCUGUUCCACUUCGCCGUGGUUCUCUUUAAAACCAUCCAUGAACUAUGUAUUAAGCGUGCAAGGGAAGAGCCUUCUUCCAUAAUUCCAGUCGCUGGAUCUUCCAACAGCGCCCCAUCCCUCAGUUAUGAUGAUCAUCGCCGCACUGAGAUCUUCCUAAAAGACCAAAUCCCAAUAACCUUCACCUCUGCGGGCUAUGUCAUUCUGGCCAUUGUUUCCAUCGUCACAGUCCCACACAUCUUCCCACAGCUAAAAUGGUACCACAUCUUGGUCACAUACCUCAUCGCGCCGGUCCUAGCCUUCUGCAAUUCAUAUGGAUGCGGCCUCACCGACUGGUCCCUCGCUUCUAGUUACGGCAAGAUCGCCAUCUUCAUCUUCGGUGCCUGGGUUGGCUUGGACAACGGUGGCGUCCUCGCAGGCCUCGCAUCAUGUGGAGUGAUGAUGAGCAUCGUGUCCACCGCAUCCGACCUCAUGCAGGACUUCAAGACGGGCUACAUGACACUCUCCUCACCACGGUCCAUGUUCGUGAGCCAGGUGAUUGGCACGGCCAUGGGCUGCGUCAUUGCACCGUGCGUCUUUUGGAUUUUUUACAAGGCCUUCUCCAUUGGGGUGGAUGGCAGCGAUUACCCCGCGCCCUACGCGACUGUCUACCGCGGCAUUGCACUCCUUGGUGUUGAGGGUGUCUCCUCCCUCCCAAAGAACUGCCUCACCCUAUGCCUCAUCUUCUUCCUUGCCGCAAUCGUGAUGAGUAGCCUCAAAGAGGUUGCGAAGCACUAUGAGAUGAAGAUCUUCAUGUUCAUGCCGAGCGUGAUGGCGAUGGCCAUCCCGUUCUUCUUGGGGUCAUACUUUGCGAUUGACAUGUGCUUGGGGAGCUUGAUUUUGUUCAUGUGGGAGAGGAUGGACAAGGAGCAAGCAGAUGCAUUCGCACCGGCCGUGGCAUCGGGCAUUAUCUGUGGCGAUGGCAUAUGGGCUUUGCCGGCGUCCCUGUUUGCAUUGGCCAAAGUGAAGCCACCCAUAUGCAUGAAAUUCCUUUCGAGGGGAGAUAAUGCAAAGGUGGAUGCAUUCUUGAGUGGCUGAAAAUGAGUAUGUUUUAACAAAAGCUGUUUUAUUUUUGCUAAGAUUGGAGAUUUUGUACAUAAGGGACUGUUUGGUUGGGCUACUACCAGGGUAUUAUACCAUGAUAUUAGUCCGCUCGAAAGUCAUCGCAUUUUUUUCACCAAAAGUCGAGCUAAAAACUCCAAUAAGAAAUUAUUCAACCCA